AUGGCGAUGUUGGGAGAAGCACCAGAUCUGGUUGCUCCAGAGCCAGAACACUGCCCUGGACCGACGUCGUCGCAGGCUGGAAAGGGAGACGCCUGUGCGGGAUGCCCGAACCAGGCCAUUUGUGCCUCUGCGCCCAAGGGCCCUGACCCGGAUAUCCCGCUCAUCACUGCCCGGCUCUCCUCGAUCCGGCACAAGAUACUCGUGCUGUCCGGCAAAGGAGGGGUCGGCAAGUCGACCUUCUCUACCCUGCUGGCUCACGCCUUUGCGUCGAACCCGCGCUCGACGGUGGGCAUCAUGGACGCUGACAUCUGCGGGCCCUCAAUACCCAAGAUGAUGGACGUCGAGUCAGAGACGAUCCACGUCAGUUCGGAUGGCUGGAAUCCGGUCUGGGUGUCGGACAACCUGGCCGUGAUGAGCAUCCAGUUCAUGCUACCCAACCGCGACGACGCCGUGAUCUGGCGCGGCCCUAAGAAGAACGGACUGAUCAAGCAGUUUCUCAAGGACGUUGAGUGGGGGGAGAUGGACUACCUGAUCGUCGACACGCCGCCGGGAACGUCGGACGAGCAUCUGUCCGUUAAUUCGCUGCUCAAGGAGUCCGGUGUCGACGGAGCAGUGCUGGUGACUACGCCGCAGGAGGUGUCACUGCUGGACGUCCGCAAGGAAGUUGACUUCUGCCGCAAGGCGGGCAUACGCAUCCUUGGACUGGUGGAGAACAUGUCAGGCUUCGUGUGCCCCAACUGCAGACAUCAGUCUGACAUCUUCAAGGCCACCACGGGCGGUGGCAGGCAGCUGGCGGCUGACCUGGACGUGGCUUUCCUGGGAGCCAUCCCCCUCGAUCCGCGGGUGGGGAUGGCCUGUGACUUUGGAGAGAGCUUCAUGGACAGCUAUCCGGACAGUCCGGCAUCUGUGGCCCUUAAGUCGGUAGUCAGACAGGUUGGCACUCUCCUGGGUGACCCUGCUGCCCUCCCUUAA